AUGUCUACCGACUCAGCCUCUUGGACUACUGUCCAGGAUUUUCUGCAAAAAAGUGAUAGCCAAACUGCCGAGUGUUUUCGUCGAACUCAAUGGGAUGAGCUCUGUCCAAUCGCUUCAGGUCUUGCUGGACACUUGGAGUGCGUGGCCUUAGACCAGGUUGCUAGCGGGCUCAAUCACAUUGUCCGUUUGCUAAAAUUUUCCGACGAGACUCGCUGGGCGGCCCGGGUUCAUAUUAGAAGGAGUACCUCCCCCCUUGUCAGCAAGACCAGCCUCAGAAACGAGGUUGCGACAAUGCAAUUCAUCAAGGAACGUUCCGUCUUGCCAGUGCCUCAAGUCUUUGCGUAUGAAGUUGACGAGACCAACCCGGUGAGGGUUCCUUUUAUACUGAUGGAGCUGCUCCCUGGUAGCGUCGCCAUGGACGCCCUAGGCGGCUACAACGUCCAUCGCGGUAUAAUACCCAGAAAGCUCCGACCAACCUUCUACCGCUCCGUCGCAAAGUGCCAUGUCCAGUUGACUUCGUUACGACUCCCAAAAAUUGGGACGAUUGUCCGAAACCGCGACGGUAGGUACGAGUGCGGUCCCUUACCGGGAAUCGGCGGUCCAUUCGAUACAGCAACCGAAUUCUUCGAGGCGUGGGCCGACAGCGUCGAGUUUAAGUGGGAUAAAGAGACAAUCACAAGUAUGAUGCAGAGAAGUCCGAACCCUGCAGAACGGAUGAUCGCGAUUAUCGAGAAUUUCCCGUUACAAAUCAAAGCUAUGGCUAGCCGGCUAUCCUCGUGUAACGAAGGGCCAUUCCCUCUAGACCAUGAUGACUUUUUUCAUAGUAACAUCAUGGUGGAUGAGAGCUUCGAUGUGACGGGAAUCAUCGACUGGGAAGGCGCAUGUACGGUUCCCUAUGAGCUUAUUGCGUUCCCCGACUUCCUUACAGCCAUGCCUGUCUCCUUCGACCUGCCCCAGAAAUACGAUGAAGAUGGGCAGCCGUUCGAUGAGGAAAUUCGAGAAAUGUGGCGCGAGCGAGAAGGGUAUAUCGAAAUGGUCAGAUUAGCCGAGCUUGACGACAGUGUGCUUUCGGAUUGCCUCAGCAGCAAGAGGAGCCAGGCUAUAGCUUAUUUGUAUGGGGCGUAUACUAGUGUUGGAAAGCUGGGCUUUUAUGAUCAAGCUGUGAAAGAGAUAGAGAGGGGAGAAUAA